AUGACUGGACGCAGUGACAUGGAUCCGCCAGCCGCUUUCUCCGGCUUCCCGGCCCUGCCGUCGGUCGCGCCGUCGGGGCCGCCGCCGUCGCCGCUCGCCGGAGCCGAGCCGGGGACCGAGCCCGAGGGGGCAGCCGCUGGAGAUGGGGAAGCGGACCCCGCGCCCUUGGCCGGCCCGGGGCGGCGACGGCGACGGCCCCUACAACGCGGGAAGCCGCCUUACUCGUACAUCGCGCUCAUCGCCAUGGCGCUGGCGCACGCCCCCGGCCGCCGCCUCACGCUGGCCGCCAUCUACCGGUUCAUCACGGAGCGCUUCGCCUUCUACCGCGACAGCCCGCGCAAAUGGCAGAACAGCAUCCGCCACAACCUCACGCUCAACGACUGCUUCGUCAAGGUGCCCCGCGAGCCGGGCAACCCGGGCAAGGGCAACUACUGGACGCUGGACCCGGCGGCGGCUGACAUGUUCGACAACGGCAGCUUCCUGCGGCGCCGCAAGCGCUUCAAGCGCGCCGAGCUGCCCGCCCACCCGGCCGUGCCGCCGGGGCCCGUCCCGCUCCCUUUCCCCUACGCGCCCUACGCGCCCGCGCUGCCCGCCUCCGCGCCCGGCCCCGGGCUGCUCACGCCGCCGCCCCCCGCCGCCCCGGGCCCCGCGCCGCCCGCGCGCCUCUUCAGCGUCGACAGCCUGGUGAGCCUGCAGCCCGAGCUGGCAGGGCUCGGCGCCCUCGAGCCGCCCUGCUGCGCCGCGCCCGACGCCGGCACCGCCUUCCCGCCCUGCUCGGCCGCCGCCGCCGCCGCCUCCCCGCCGCCUGCCGGCAUCUACGCGGCCGCCAGCCCGCCACUCUACACGCAGGCCCCGGGCCGCCUGGAGCUGCCCCCGACGCGCCUCGGCCCCGGCCCGCUUGCCGCAGAGCCACUCUUGGCCUUGGCCGGGCCGGUAGCCGCGCUCGGUCCGCUCAGCCCGGGAGGGACCUACCUGAGGCAGCCGGGUUUCGCGCCGGGGCUGGAGCGCUACCUGUGA